UCGCACAGUCACCAAUGAGGGCCGUCGCGGUGUUGGUGAUCUCUUUUUGUACGCUCGGUGUUUGGGCCGAUGACGGCGUCGCGGGGUUCGAAACGACCGGUAUCAAAGUGGCGUUGAAACUCUACGAGGAUUGUUCGCAUUCCGACGGCUUCUCGCCAUGUUUGAAGAAAAAGGCGCUGACGAUUUUGGACCGGCUAGGGAAAAUGGACAAGCUGAGUAUAAUAGACGGGGUUACUCUCGUACGAGCCAAAGACGUUAGGGAAGUCGAUCCCCCCGUGACGGAAGAACAGCUCGAGAAUACUCUGCCGAGAGGAGCCGAUGCCAGAGACGAAGCUCUGACGAAUAUGCUGUUCGAUAGAGUCGGCAAGAUUAUCGGUUCCAGGACCGUCGAAGUUUCACUGCCUAAAGUGUCCGAUCUGAUCGAGGAAGGACGCGGCAGGAAAGGAGGCGGCGGUGGCGGCGACAGCGGCGGCGGCAAAAUGAAAAACAUGAUGGGCGGCAUGAUGAUGGCGAUGGCAGCGAAAAUGGCGGCCCUAGUCCCAAUCGCUAUCGCCGGUCUCUUCCUUUUGGCAGGAAAAGCGCUGAUCACCGCCAAAAUCGCACUUCUGAUCUCAGGAAUUAUCGCCUUGAAAAAACUGUUCGCCGCUAAGCAGCACGGCGGUGGAGGCGGCGGUCACGUCAGCUACCAUUCGUCGGGCGGCGGCGGAGGCGGCUGGCAACCCAGCGGCGGCGGCGGCGGCGGUUGGGACAAGAGGUCCUACAACGAUAUCCAAAGCUUGCCCUACAAAGCGUACAAGCAACAUUGAUCGUCGAGUCUUUAGAUUUAUUUAAAGUAAUUUAUUUCUGAGUAAUGUACAAAUCCAUUGGUCUGUUUUCUAGCCCGUUCGUGUACCCUUGUUUAAUAAUUAAUUUUGUUGUUUUGUACGGCGGAACUGAGUAAUUUAUUUUGAUGAUAUAUCUAGAAACCAGAUCAAAAUUGCUUGUUAAAUUGUUAAUAAAUUUAUCUCUAUUUUGCUAUAGAAUUGACGAGUUACAAUUAGAAGUACAAAAUGAAGGCAAUUUUCAAUGAUCAAUUAUCAAUGAAUGCUACAAUUGUUCUCGAGGAAUAUGAAAAUAAGUGACUCUGUUGCGUCUUUGUUACUCCUUGACUGUUAUUUAUAUUACGUUGUUGACUGAUUAAUUUUCCCUAAUAAAGCUCUUUGACAUGUUUGUUAAUAUAUACUUUUCUUGUGGGGGGUACCGCAAGUUGAAGAAUCUAUAGAAGCUGUACCAUUUCGCACUGUCAAAUGGGUAUUGGCAGACCGAUCCUUGAAACUGGAAUAUAAGAUAUAAUAC